AUGAGCCUCUGUCUCUCUGAGUUAUUCUUCUUCCUGGUAAUCUCACUGCCUUCAGGAAAUUGUCUGUUUGGGAAUAAUGGAGUAGAAUUUCAUACCUGCACUAAACUCAAUGGCACGUGUUUUUUUGGUUGCCCACCAGGACGGCAGUGGGUUGCCUUCUGCCAUAACAUUUUGUCUUGUUGUAAGCCAAUGAGCAAGUUUUUGGUCCCUCAAGUCAAGGAGCCAUGGAGUACAUAA